CCCGACCCCACCAGCGAACGGCCGGUUGCAUAGCUUUAGCUCAUGCCAGCCCACAUCGCGCCAUCUAGAUUCUUCCUUCUAGCCUUCGUCAUCCUGGCUUUCUCAAUACUCAAUCCAUCUUUGCUUUCUCGAAGUGCUGCGCGACUCAGUCAAUUGAAACAGCACAUUUACCCCUCCCCCGCCCUCCUCUCCAAAUCUUUACAUACAAAACCAAGUCGCACGCCACACACAAUGGCCUACCAGAAGGAACUGGACAUUGCUCUCCUAGCCGUUCAACGAGCCUCCCUCCUCACCAAAUCCGUAUACUCGAGCCACUCCAAAGGCACCCUCUCCAAGAGCGACUCGUCUCCUGUCACCAUCGGCGACUUUGGCGCACAGGCCCUCAUCAUCGCGUCGAUAAAGCACGCGUUUCCAGAAGAUGAGAUAGUUGGCGAGGAAGAUGCCGAUGAUCUUCGCAAGAACGAUUCGCUCCGCGACCUCGUAUGGGAUCUUGUCAAGGCCGCGAAACUCGACGAUGGCUCCGCCGAGGAUAAGAUUGGUGGUCCAAUCAAGAGCGCCGACGACAUGUUGACCGCCAUUGAUAGUGGAAGGAGUGAGGGUGGUAGCAAAGGAAGGAUCUGGGCGCUUGAUCCCAUUGAUGGUACAAAGGGAUUCCUACGAGGUGGACAGUAUGCAGUCUGUCUAGGGCUUUUAGUUGAUGGCGUACCGACUGUGGGUGUCAUCGGAUGCCCCAACCUUCCAGUGGACGACCAGGCACCGCUCGACUCAUCAACUGGACAAGACGCGGAUGACAAGGAGGGCAAGGGCGUGCUAUUUGGUGCUGUGAAGGGCCAGGGAGCCACAAGUCGACCACUCAGCAAAGGAGGCCUACAAGAAGCAAAGAAAAUCACCAUGAGGCCUCUCCCAGAUGUCUCCCAAGCCACCUUCUGUGAAUCAGUAGAAGCAGGUCACUCCUCGCAAGGCGACAACGCCGCUAUUGCCUCGAAGCUCGGCAUCACUAAGCCCUCUGUACGAAUGGAUUCGCAGGCCAAAUACGGGUCUAUCGCACGUGGAGCAGGAGACCUGUAUCUCAGGCUACCGGUUAGCAAGACAUAUCAGGAGAAGAUCUGGGACCACGCCGCUGGUGUCGUGAUUGUACAAGAAGCGGGCGGAGAAGUCAGUGAUGCGUGGGGUAAGCCGCUGAACUUUGGCAUUGGAAGAACACUGAGGGAGAACAAGGGUGUUGUCGCUGCACCAAAGGAUGCGUUCCAGAGGGUGAUUGAAGUGGUCAAAGAGGUACUUAGCGCUAAAGAGUAAGGGUCGUAAAGAACCCCUCAAAUAUAUUAUAACAAAAAUAAAUCAUAGGCCACCAGCUAUGUUUUCCCCCGUCUAAUUACUC